CAACCGACCAACAGAACCUUACGGUGGUCCCCGCCGUAUACAAUCGGGCAGAAAAACCUCCUCCCUGUUGGGUGGUCCCCACCGAUCCCACGUGUAUCUCAAUCUUAUCCGUCCAUUUCAACGGCCGUGAUUCCACCAAAACAAACACAUCAUCUUCAUUGACCAUUGACCAAACCUCGAAUAUUUAUUCAAAUAAUUUUUAGAAAAGCUGACGUCACAGUACCUUUGACUCUUUCUCUCUCUUCCUUUAAACCCAUACCCACUAUCUGUUCUCCGCCUGCGACUUCUCUCUUCUUUCUCUCUCUCUCUCUCUCUCUCUCGUCCGAUCCGACGAUUCUUUUCUCCGGUGGCGGCGGUGCGGUGGUGGGCGGUGGUCAGUUGACGGAAGAUGGUGAGAGAUGACUUGUGUAUUACAAUUCCGAGCGAUUUCAGAUGUCCGAUCUCGCUUGACGUCAUGAAAUCCCCUGUAAGUUUGUGUACCGGAGUUACUUACGAUCGUUCCAGUAUCCAGAAAUGGCUCGACAAUGGAAACAAUACUUGUCCGGCUACCAUGCAGAUCCUUCAAACUAAGGAGUUCGUCCCUAACCACAAUCUCCACCGCCUUAUUCAGAUUUGGUCCGAUUCUCUUCGGCACCGAGUCCACUCGCCCGAUUCCUCCCCUGUUUCCGACUCGGUUCUUUCCUCCGAUCAAGUUCUUGACCUCGUCAAGCGCAUAGAGAUCGAUCAGUCUCGCACCGACUCGCUUCUGCGGCUUGUCUCUUUCGCCGCUAAAUCGGUGGAGAAUCGGAGGCUUCUCUGUGGAAUCGGCGGUUUCGUGCCGGUUCUUGUCGAUCUUCUUAGCAAUGUCAAUGGCGGCGUUUUGGUUGAGCAGACUGUGAGGUUAUUGCAUUUGAUUCGAAAUGAAAUAGAAGAUAAGGAGCGGUUUGUGAAAUCGAUAUUGAAGAGCGAUCGUAAUUGUGUUUCGUCUCUGCUUCUGAUUCUGCGGAAAGGAACCGUCGAAUUGAAAAUCUGUUCAGCUAGUCUACUAGAGCAUCUCGCAAUCGACGCCGAAUCGAAGAUUGUAAUCGCCGAAACGGAUGGAUUGAUGCAAGAAUUACUGAAAUUAACAAACUCUGAGAACGAUUCAAACCUAAUCGAAUCGGUUCUAUCGUGUUUAAUUUCAAUUUCAAUGCCGAAACGGAUCAAAAUCAAAUUAGUCCAUCUCGGAGCGAUAAAAUCGGUAACGAAGCUUCUCUCAGAAGCGAACUCAAGUUCGAGCGUUUCAAUAACGGAGAAGGUUCUGAAAGUGCUGGAAACAGCGUCGACGGUGAGGGAAGGAAGGAUGGAGAUCGGAGAGGACUCAACGUGCUUAGCAGCGAUCGUACAAAAAGUACUGAAGGUGUCGAACACGGCGACGGAGCACGCGGUGACGACGCUGUGGAGCGUGUGCUAUCUGUUCAGAGAUGAGAAGGCAGCAGAGGCGUUAACGAAGGCGAACGGAUUGACGAAGAUUUUACUGUUAAUGCAGAGCAAUUGCUCGCCACCAGUACGACAGAUGGCGAGAGAUUUGCUGAAGAUUUUCCGAAUCAAUUCCAAAUCGUGCCUAGCGAGUUACGACACGAAAACUACGCACAUCAUGCCCUGUUAGAACCGAUACGCUUUCUUCAUCUUCUUCUUCUUCUUCUUCUUCUUCUUCUUCUUCUUC